GUGACCCCGCCUCCGGCUCUCCUGUGGCUAUCCACUCCGCAGUGACCACCAGCCUGGCAGGCAGCAGCAGCCAGAUCUCAACCGCAGGAAAGCUGCUGGCGGAGUGGGAGGGAUCCCUACUAUCAUGCGCUUUGGGUCUGGUGGGUUCUGAGGCCCAUGAGAACAGAGCGCCACCCUUCAUUUGCUGGGGAACCACCGCUGGGCAGCUCAGUCAACUGCUGGUCAGAAACGGACUGAAAUCGGACCGCGGCACAGGGCCACCUGUCUACCGAUCGGCCGCGGAGAGAGGCAGCCUGACCUAAAGCGCCGCUUGGAGGAUCCCAGGGAAUCGAGCUCCGGGCUGCCUCCGCCACCUCCGCAGCUGCAAGCCGCCAGCCGCCAUCGCCUUGGGCCUCCACCCGCCAGCACCAUGGCCGAGGAAGAGUCUGCCUCCACGCCUUACACCGAAGAUGAUUUCUACUGUCCGAUUUGCCAAGAAGUCUUCAGAACGCCGGUUCGGGUCGUGGCUUGUCAGCAUGUUUUCUGUAGAAAAUGUUUCCUGGCUGCAAUGAAGGAGAGCCGGAUCCAUUGCCCCCUGUGCCGUGGAAAUGUGACUAGAAGAGAAAGAGCAUGUCCAGAGAGGGCUCUAGAUCUCGAGACCAUCAUGAGAAGUUUUCCCGGUAAUUGCCGAUGCUGUUCCCAACGUGUUGAACUCUAUCGCAUGAGACAACAUUACAAAACUUGCGAAAAGUACCAAGAUGAGUUCGGAGUUUCUUCACCUGUUCCAAGCUUCCAGCUGUCUCCAGAUUCCGUGACCAACACCACCAGCCAGGCAUCCACCUCAGAAAAUGCCGAGGCUUAUCAAGAAGACAACGCAGAGCCAUCCGACCAGCCUACUUUUGAUUGUCCUCUGUGCGAAGAAGCAAACAUGACCAGACAGCGUUUGCUGGAUCAUUGCAACAGCAACCACAGAGGUCAUGUUGUUUCAGUCAUUUGCCCUAUUUGCCUAUCUCUUCCAUGGGGCGAUCCUACUCAUCUCACCAGGAAUUUCGUUAGUCACCUAAACCGGAGGCACCAAUUUGAUUACGGGGAUUUCGUGAAUCUUCAGAUGGACGAGGAAACACAGUACCAGAUUGCGAUUGAGGAGUCUUUCCAUGUUAACAUCUAGACUCUCUUCAGCUCUACAAUUGCUCCUACGGGACAAUUUACGUGAAAUCAUCCUUUCAAUAACUUGAUGAGUUUUAAAUAAAAGUAAUCAGUCUGAA